UGAAAUCUUUCCUACGAGGCGCAUUCUCACUACACACACAACAAGAAAGACAUGGCUCUUCGAGGCGGUCUUGCGAAGACACUCGGAUGUUAUGGGUGCCAGCAAUGGAUCUUGCGAUCCUUCAUCGCCGUUGCUGCGCCCUCCGCAGCCUUGACUCCGUCCAUCCGAACCUCCCCUCCUCAGCGACACUUUUCCCGCACGAGACAUCUACGGAACGAACAUGAGAGGAGUGCAGAAGGAGGAGACGAGCAUCCACUCAAUACAAUCAAUGAUGCAACCGCUGCAGGACCGGAAGCGAUACCUGCGACACCAGAAAAGAAGCAGGGAACUUACGUUCCGUGGUAUCUCCAGGUACAACAACCGCUUCCUCCGUCACAGAGUCCGCCAGCCCAUCGCCAAAAGAUCCCCGAUCUCCCUCCAAAUCCUCCAGAGCUCUUGAAUCCGCUACUCCAACAUGUGUCCGUGGAACUGGGCAUGGACGACCUCUCACUCCUCGACCUCCGCUCCCUCGAUCCACCUCCUGGAUUGGGCGCCAAUCUCUUGAUGAUCAUCGGCACGGCAAGAUCAGAGAAACACUUGCAUGUCUCGGCAGAUCGGCUGUGUAGAUGGCUGAGGAGCGAGUAUAAACUUACGCCGUAUGCGGACGGGCUGCUUGGGCGGAACGAGCUGAAGCUAAAGUUGAGAAGAAAGGCGAAAAGAGUGCGAUUGAUGAGUGCUGUAGGAGCACAAGACACGGCAGAUACAGACGUUGACGACGGCAUUCGUACGGGCUGGGUGUGUGUGAACGUGGGCGAAGUCAAAGGCGGUCAGUUGCCAGCGAAGAGUCAGGAGGCGUUGGAGAGGCCAGACAUUGUCGGAUUCGGCUCGCGGACCGAAGGCUCGAACGUGGUGGUGCAACUGCUUACAGAGGAGAAGAGGGGAGAAAUUGACCUCGAGAGGUUGUGGACUGAUGAACUCGAGCGAUCCGAGAAGCGGCAGCAGAAGCUGCAGGCUUCCGAGAGGAAGGAAGCAGAAGCGCUGGAGUCGGGAGAUUCUGCAACGCCAACUCAGCCUGCGAAUGCAGACAACAUCCAGCGAAGGUCGUCCGAUGUCUCCGCCGACUUCGCCUCAACCUCCGGCCCUGCUCAACAACUCCGUGCCUACCACACUUCAGCGAGACGGAUGUCGGCGUUGGCAGAAGCUUCCUCCUCCCCUGCGGCCAGCGACCUACCUGCGCUCUCUCUCCAAAAACACCUAUCGGCACUCAAACAGCUUCCAUCGAAGCGAGCCCUCGAAGCCUUAGGGACCAACUUCAUGAGUGAAUUUCAGCGGCUCGACCAUGACGAUCAUCAGAUCCGCAGCUUAGGUUCCGGAGAAGAGGUCGCCGAGCCCCCAUUUGUGAACAGCUUUUACUCUGCCAUGCCUGCCUUUCCCGGGUCAGAACAUUGGCACCAGCACAUCGAGCUGCUGGCCCACGGGCGCCAGCUCGGCCACGAAUCUCUUCACAGCCACGUUCUUGUCGCGCAACUCCAGCAUAUGCAGGCAGGCGGCGUCAUCCCCGAAGAGCGGACCUUCAAGGUCGUCCUGCGCUCCAUCUUGGCGCCGCUUGGAAAGGUGAUGCCGUACGACGGGAUGGAUAAUGUUCCUAGCACCCCCAAGGUGCAGCUGGUCCUCUCGGUGCUCGAGGACAUGGAGAAUUGUGGCUACGAUCCCGUCUCCUCGGAAGUUCUCGAAACCCUUUUCCAAGCUUUUGUCGGGCUUCCCUCGCACCCAUCCCAGACGUACAAACUGCAGACCCUGCUCUCUGCACUCGAUGCUUCCCGUAUAAAGCGGCUCCUGUUGGGUUCGAGUCCGAAUUGGGAGGCAUUCUGGCGCAUCUGGCGCUCCUACCCCAGUCGCUUCAUGUCCCGCACGAGCGAGCAGUAUACGCUUCUGUUUGAAGCUAUCGGGGAAGGCAAGCUAAGGAAUUCGCUGGACGAAGCGAGGCAGAUCUUAAGGACGACGCUUGAGGAGAUGGAGAUGGAAGAGCCGGCUGUCAACGUCCAAGACGAUGUCAGUCUAGCGAAGGCGGUCCAAAAAGCGAUCGAGGUUGUAGUACCGAAGGUUGGAGAUGCAAAUGGCGAAAGGGAAUGGAAGGUUUGGUGGGAAAUGUGUCGGAGAGGUGGCGCUGCCGCAGAUGCUACCACGUGAGCUGGUCGUUUGAGCACUCCUAAGCAGGGCGCAAUGCUGAGCAGGGCAAUCUGACCAUUUGCGGAGCCUGACCCGGACACCUUCCCACCCAUACCCCGGGGAUCACCGGCAAGUUC